AUCUACUGCGCCUGCGCACGACGAUCCCAUUCUUGUCCUGCAGGCAGCAUUCCGGGUGGAGAGAGAAAGAGAAAGACACAAGAGAUUUUUUGGGCCGUACACUGUAAUAUUUGGUACAAGACACAGGAGCUGUAUGACCAAACCAGCCGCGGCUUUCAAGCAGGAUAUGGGCUCUCCAGGCCAGAUCCCGGGACAAGACAUGGAGCUGUGAUCCAGCCCUCUCCAUCUCCAUUUGCUGCUUUGCCUCCUGCUCACCAAAAACCAAACCUCUUCCAACCCUGCUAUAGCGGUUUGGCUCCGACUCCUCUAAGAGAAGAGAGAGAAGAGAGAGGGGGAGAAAAAAAAAAAAAAAAAAAGCCCAAGUGGGAGGGAGUAGUAAACUUUCCCCAGCUGCUGUCCAGACACACACAUGCUGCAUUGCUGCCAUUCCCCAAGCACUGCUCCAUCCAUCCCUAGGGCACGGCCACUAGCUUGCUAGCGAGCGAGCUAGCACUUGGCACAAAAAGAAGGCCUGUCCUUAGGGAUAAAAAUACAAGCAGACUGGGUACACUUGUCUCUUUUUUCUUUUCUCCCUCUUUUCCGGGUCACCCAGCCACAUACUCACCACAAGUGGGGCUUCUUUUGUUUAGCUGUCAUUCCCGCUGCUUUGAGCAGUGGAGGAUCGCUAGUAGGCAGCCAGUCAGUCAUUCAAAAGCAGGCGGCCUGAGGAAAGCAGAGGAGGUGCUUAUCUGAGGCCGGGAUGAUGGAGCCCAGCAUGGAGAACUGCCUGGCCCAGGUCCUGCAGAAGGACAUGGGCCGACGUCUGCAGGUGGGGCAAGAGAUCAUCGACUACAUCUUGGACAAAGAGAAGUCCUACGACCUGGAGCAGGAUCAGACGGCUCUCGACAAGAUGGUCGACGGCAUCGCCAGCUCGUGGGUCAACUCCAGCAACUUCAAGGUGGCUCUGCUCGGCUUGGACCUCUUAUCUGCCUUAGUGACAAGGUUACAGGAGCGAUUCAGGGCCCAGGUGGGAACAGUUCUGCCCAGCCUUAUCGAUCGAUUGGGAGAUGCCAAAGACCAAGUACGAGAACAAGACCAAACCCUGCUGCUAAAGAUCAUGGAACAAGCUGCCACACCGCAGUACGUGUGGGACAGGAUACUGGGAGGCUUCAAACAUAAGAACAACAGGACUAGAGAAGGAGUGUGCCUUUGCCUCAUCGCCACACUGAACACGUAUGGAGCACAAGGCCUGACCCUCAAUAAAAUUGUCCCCCACAUAUGUAACCUCUUGGGGGAUCCCACAAGUCAGGUACGCGACGGAGCUAUGAGCUGCUUGGUGGAGAUCUACAGACACGUGGGUGAGAGGGUGAGGAUGGAUCUCAGCAAGAAGGGCCUGCCACAGUCACGGUUGAAUGUAAUCUUCAGCAAAUUCGAUGAAGUCCAAAGAUCGGGGAACAUGAUCUCAUCCUCUGGCUCAGAUAAGAACUUUGAAGAUGAGGACUCUGUGGACGGAGGCCGGUCCUCCUCCUCCUCAUCCUCCAAAGCUCCCCCUAGUGGCAGGAGGACCGUAAUGAGUUCUGUUAGGAGACCCAGUUCAGCCAGCACAGCUAAGCCCUCAGGUAAAGAAGCAGCUGCCGGCGCCGUUGAUGAAGAGGAUUUCAUCAAAGCCUUUGAAGACGUGCCCACAGUCCAGAUCUACUCUAACAGAGAGAUGGAGGACCAGCUGUCCAAGGUCAGAGAAGUUCUGGCUGAUGAAAAACAUGACUGGGAGCACAGAGUGGUAGCGCUGAAGAAGGUGCGUUCUCUCUUGCUGGCCGGAGCGACCGACUACGAGGGUUUCCCUCAGCAGCUGCGUCUCCUGGAGGCUCCUCUCAAGCUGUCAGCUAAAGACCUGCGCUCCCAGGUGGUCCGUGAGGCCUGCAUCACACUGGGACAUUUGUCAGCACUGCUGGGUAACAAGUUUGACCACGGAGCGGAGAGCGUCAUGCCCACACUGCUGAACCUUGUGCCCAACAGUGCCAAAGUCAUGGCCACAUCUGGAGUGGCCACCAUCCGCCUCAUCCUCAGGCACACACACUACCCACGUCUCAUCCCCAUCAUCACCAGUAACUGCACCUCCAAAUCAGUAGCAGUCAGACGGCGCUGUUUUGAGUUCCUAGACCUCAUGCUACAAGAGUGGCACACUAAUACACUGGAAAGACAUGUGGCUGUUCUGACUGAGACCAUCAAGAAAGGCAUACACGACGCUGACUCAGAGGCCAGAUCCAUUGCAAGAAAGUGCUAUUGGAGUUUCCACGGUCACUACAGCCGGGAGGCAGAGCACCUGUUCCAGGCGCUGGAGUCCACCUAUCAGAAGGCUCUCCAGUCUCACCUGAAGAGCUCCGACAGCAUCGUGUCUCUACCGCAGUCUGACCGUUCCUCGUCGUCUUCCCAGGAGAGUCUUAAUCGGCCGCUGUCAGUGAAGAGCGUCCUCGGAGGGAGCAUAACGAGGAGUAAGCUGGUGAGCACCAGGGUGCCCACCACACCGGGUUCCCUCCAGCGUUCCCGUAGCGACAUCGACGUAAACGCCGCCUCCAACGCCAAGUCACGUCUGUCCACCGUCCCCGCCUCCUCGCCGUUCAGCUCUGCAGCCGCCCUUCCCCCGGGGUCCUACGCCUCAUUAGGUCGUGUUCGCACCAGAAGACAAAGCUCGGGCAGCGUGGGUGGGGCCAGUACCUCAGUGGUGGACAGUAGGGGGCGCAGCCGAGCCAAAGUGGUAUCUCAGUCCCAGCCUGGCAGUCGUUCCAGCUCCCCAGGUAAGCUGCUCGGCCACAGCAGCUACGGCCGGAUCCCUCGAGCCACGGUGUCGGCCUCCACCACGCCGGCCGACAAGCGCAGCAGGAUCCCUCGCAGCCAGGGCUGCAGCCGCGAGACCAGCCCCAGCCGAAUGGGCCUCGCCAGCCUGUGUGGUAAAGCUCUUCUUCCUGCUGCUCUUCCCUACCGCACGCUAGCCCGGAGCCGCAUUCCCCGCCCCAGCAUGAGUCAGGGUUGCAGUCGCGACACCAGUCGCGAGAGCAGCCGCGACACCAGCCCCGCUCGGGGCUUUACUCCUCUGGACCGGUACGGUUUGAUUCAUCAAGCUAGAAUCUCUGCGUCAGUAAACGCCAUGAGGGUCCUUAACACUGGUACUGAGGUGGAGGCAGCAGUCGCUGAUGCUCUGCUAUUAGGAGACUCCAGGAAUAAGAGGAAGCCUUUGAGGCGGAGGUACGAAUCACCAGGAAUGUACUCUGACGACGACGCCAACAGCGACGCAUCCAGCGCCUGCUCAGAGCGCUCGUACGGCUCAAGGAACGGCGGCAUCCCCCAUUAUCUGCGCCAGACAGAGGAUGUGGCGGAGGUCCUGAACCACUGCGCCAGCUCCAACUGGUCAGAGAGGAAGGAGGGCCUGCUGGGCCUGCAGAAUCUCCUCAAGAGCCAAAGAAUACUGAGCCGAGUGGAGCUGAAGAGACUUUGUGAGAUCUUCACAAGAAUGUUUGCAGAUCCACAUAGUAAGAGAGUGUUCAGCAUGUUCCUGGAGACUCUCGUGGAUUUCGUCACGGUACACAGAGAGGACCUGCAGGACUGGCUUUUUGUCCUGCUCACCCAGCUGCUGAAGAAGAUGGGGGCAGACCUGCUGGGCUCAGUCCAGGCCAAAGUCCAGAAGGCCCUGGAUAUCACAAGGGAGUCCUUCCCAUUUGACCAACAGUUCAACAUUCUGAUGAGGUUUAUCGUGGAUCAGACUCAGACACCGAACCUCAAGGUGAAGGUGGCCAUUUUGAAGUACAUUGAGUCCUUGGCUAGGCAGAUGGACCCGACAGACUUUGUCAACUCCAGUGAGACUCGUCUGGCUGUAUCUCGUAUCAUCACCUGGACCACCGAACCCAAAAGUUCUGAUGUCAGGAAGGCGGCCCAGGUGGUGCUGAUAGCUUUGUUUGAGCUCAACACCCCAGAGUUCACCAUGCUGUUGGGAGCUCUGCCCAAGACCUUCCAGGAUGGAGCCACUAAACUGCUGCACAACCACCUGAAGAACUCGAGUAAUACCAGCAGCAGCGUGGGGUCUCCGAGCAACACCAUUGGCCGAACGCCAUCACGCCACACCCCCAGCAGAACCAGUCCGCUCACCUCUCCAACCAACUGUUCGCAUGGAGGACUGUCUCCAAGUCGGUUAUGGGGUUGGGGUGUCGACGGACUGUCAAAGAACCCCCCUGCCCCUCCUCCUCCUCCUCCGCCUCACUCCACCCCUGCUGCCCCCUCCCUAAGGGUCCUGCGCAGAGCAUAUUCACCCAGCAUGAUGGAGUACGACACCGAGAACAUGAAUUCGGAAGAGAUCUACAGCUCGCUGCGCGGCGUCACCGAGGCCAUCCAGAGCUUCAGCUACCGCAGCCAGGAGGACCUGAAUGAGCCAAUCAGACGGGAGGGAAAGAGGGAUGACGCAGCUGGGAGAGAAGGAGUAGCGUCGUCCCCCGGCUCUGACGCCCGCCUGGGCUUGGACGUGGUGGAAGGGGGUCGCACCGCCUUGGACAACAAGACUUCGCUGCUCAACACGCCGUCGUCGCGCUCCUUCUCCGGGCCGCGCAGUCGCGAGUUUGCUCCUUACGGCUACGGAGAAACCAUCUGUACCUACGACAAGAGCGCCCUGAAGGAAGCCGUGUUUGACGACGACGUGGAGCAGUUCCGCGACUGCCGACGUCAGGAAAGUGGUGAAAACAAGAUGACGCUCCCCAAGGUCUUUGCUCCUGUCGGUCAGGACCACUCAGACAUGGUAGCCGACCUGCUGAAGGAACUGUCCAAUCACAACGAGCGUUCUGAGGAGCGUAAAGGCGCCCUGGUGGAUUUGCUGAAGAUCACACGAGAAGACAGCCUGGCCGUUUGGGACGAACACUUCAAAACUAUACUGCUCCUCCUGCUGGAGACACUGGGUGAUAAAGAUCACACCAUCCGAGCCCUGGCCCUGCGCGUGCUGAAGGAAAUUCUGCGGAACCAGCCGGCCCGCUUCAAAAACUACGCCGAGCUCACCAUCAUGAAGACGCUGGAGGCUCACAAAGAUUCUCACAAGGAGGUGGUGCGUGCAGCUGAGGAGGCGGCGUCCACCCUGGCCGGUUCUAUCCAUCCAGAGCAGUGCAUCAAGGUGCUGUGCCCUAUCGUGCAGACGGCCGAUUACCCCAUCAACCUGGCCGCCAUCAAGAUGCAAACCAAAGUCAUUGAACGCAUCGCCAAGGACUCUCUGUUGCAGCUGCUGCCUGACAUCAUCCCAGGACUCCUGCAGGGCUAUGACAACACAGAGAGCAGCGUUCGCAAGGCCAGUGUGUUCUGUCUGGUGGCUAUCUACUCCGUGAUUGGCGAGGACCUCAAACCCCACCUGGCACAGCUCACGGGCAGCAAGAUGAAGUUACUGAACCUGUACAUCAAACGAGCCCAGACGACCAACAGCAAUAGCAGCAGUUCCUCGGACGUCUCCUCUCACAGUUAAUGGACGGAGGCUUUUUUCGUGUUUGGAGACCCUGCGGCUGGACGGCUGUCCAGGACGUAGCCGCGCUUCUUCUUCUUCUUCUUCUUCUUCUUCUUCUUCUUCUUCUUCUCCUCAGACUCCUCUAUCCUCUGAGAUUCCCUUCCUCGGCAUCAUAACUCAAACUCCACUGCGGCGCUUUUUCCCUUUGUUUUGAGGGGAUCCUGUCAUUUAGUUCCUCCUCCUCCUCCUCCUCCUCCUCCACCUUUGCUCUGGAAACUUUUGAAUGUAACUGUGGAUUGGGUUUUAAGACUGGUGGAGAGAGACUCGACAUAUUUAGAGUUUUUUUUUUUUUUUUUUUUGGAUUGCUUCAUGAAAGAAAUGCACUUUCUCUUCCUCAAUGCCUCAUUUUCUUUUUUCUUUUUUUUCUCCUCUAAAACGGGAAGCCUGUUUCUCCUGCAGCCGUCACACAUUCGGUGGAAGAAGAAGAGGGAGAGUUCAUACGAGAUUCAGCAAAAAUAUUCUCAUCAUUGUGAAAGAAAAUUUCUGUCAAAUCAACUACAGUUUGGGAUGAAAUGUCAUUUGGCUGGCCCAGUGAUGGUUAUAAGCCCAAUGGUUUUUUGGGAUGAAUUCUGGUUUUGGGGGAACAUAAAAACCAAACAUUGAUUGAAAAAAAAAAAAGAUAUGUUUAAGGGAACAAUGACAGAAAAUAGAAAGUACUGUAUGAUAAUUUUUAGUUAAUAUUUUAAUUUUAUUGAUCAUGAUCUGAGGCUCAGAGAAGCCUUUACUUUGUUUUGUUUUUUUAUGUUAAUUUGUAAUUAAGAGUGGUGUAAUAAAUUGAAUCCCCCCCUUUCAUAAAAGAUAACUUUUCAUCUACAGAAUUGACAAUCCUUAAAAUUGAUAUUUAGUUUGUUUAAACUGCACAAUUAAAAGUUAUCUGACUUCGUCUUAAAAUUCACAAUCAAGCAGAAGGUAAAAGUCUUUAAACAGUUUGUGUCGCCUGUAUUUUUCACACUGAGCUUUUCUGCAUAAAGCUCAAAAAAAAAAAAAAAAACGCGCUUUGUGUUCAACACGCUUCUCAUAAACAAGAAGACGCCAUCGGUUGCCAGUUAGUAACUCCGCGAGGCUGAGGAGUGACGCUGUCUGAAGAGGAGGUCCUUCACUUUGUAAAUACUGCAGAUGUUUUCCCUGCUCGGAGUCGGGAGAGAAACCAGCGAUCCGAGACAGGCGGAAAAGACAUGACCAGGCCUUAUUCACUUUACACACACACACACAUAUACACACACACUAUGUCUCUCAACCGGGACGGCAGAGAGUGGUGAAUGGGAUGUACAGCACUGUAACUCUUGGCUCUCAAGAAAAAAUGUGAAUCUUGUAAGAAAACGGACCCCAGCAGUGUUCUCGACCCGUGACGAUGCAAAAUACAGUAUUAGUUGUUUCCCUUCCAGUUCCCCUCCACGUUAACCACAGCUUCUGCAAUAACCGCAAACCUACAAAUAAAAGUAUUUUGUACAUACACUUUUUGACCACAGCUUCGCAAAAAUUUUACAUAAUGUCCAAAAAAAAAAGAAAAAGAAAAAAAAAAAAGAAAAGUGAACAGGUUGAUUAUCUCACUUUUUUCCGCACGUUAGCAAAAGUAGCUUGCAUGCAACCUGCAGCACAUGUCAACAUAGGUGCUGGUUUUUUGAAGGGCCCCGGGUGUUUUUUUUUUGGCUGUUAAAGUGCACUUGUAACAUCAUCAUAUUACUCAUCUCUGAUUUUCAGUAGAAGAGGUAGAUUUA